AUGCUAUUAUCAUGUAAUAAAGUAGAAACUCGACUUUUAGAUGGUAGCGAUAAUAAUAAAAACAAUCCAGCUUCGGGUACUCCGCAACAAAAUUUUCAAGCGAAAUAUCCUCCUGAACCUUUUUUUGGUCCAGACGGUGAUUCGAUGAUAAAAUGUCCUUCUGACAUUGUUAACGACGCUGACCUAACACAAAAACCACCUAAUUGUGCAGAUCCACUACCAGCUGAUAAUUAUCCAAUGCCAAGAUGUAUUUCUAACAUUUUAGCAAAUUAUCGUUUGGGCAAGUUUGAUAUUGGGAAAGCAAUGAGUUAUCGAUCUAAAAGACGAACUAGUCAUUUGACUACUUUUUUUGCUGAAUUUGUUGGUUAUGAUCUUAUCAGUUCAUCAAAUAAUGUUAAAUCAGAUCAUCAACUGUAUAUACCAUCUGAUGACAAAACGUAUAAUUCAUAUUCAUAUAGUUCAUUACCAGGUCAAUUAAGCGAUCUUAGGUUUUUACCUUUUAAUCGAUCGGAUUUUCUUAAUACUACUACACAAAAAUCCAAGCGCACUAGUUACAAUAAUUUAACUCCUUUUCUGGACUUGAGUCCUAUUUAUGGUGUCACUGCUGAAAAUGCAAAAAGUCUUCGUGAGGGUAAUAGAGGAAAAUUAAAGACCAGUGGAAAUGGGGCUGAUACUUACCCAUUCAAAGAUCCAACAACAGGAAAUUAUGUCCUUGGACCUGUUGGAGCACGAUCAAAUAAUAUUUUUACGAUGGCCGUUCAGACAAUUUGGCUGCGUGAACAUAAUAGAUUAUGUGAUGAUCUCUAUGAAAAAAAUAACACGUGGACUGAUGAUCAAUAUUUUGAAGAGGCUAGGAAAUGGAAUAUUGCAAUAUAUCAAAAAGUUGUUAUGGAAGAAUACCUUGGCGUCAUACUGGGUAAACAACUGCCACCAUAUCAAAAAUACGACCCAGCUCUAACUCCUGGGAUUGAUGUUUUUUUUUCAACAGUAACAUUCAAAUAUGGUCAUAGUGAAUUGAGUGAUUUUUUUCGAAUUCAAGAUGAAUAUGGUAGCACGAUCAUGGAAUUACCAUUACAAAAUGUUACAGAUACGAGUUUACUGGAAAAAUUUGGUGUAGCAAGAUUGUUGAUAUCAUUAUCUUUACAAUAUCAAGAAGAAUCUGAUGUAUAUUAUUCUGAUGCAACAAGAAAUAUUAAUUCACCUGAACCAAACACUUACGAUCUUGCAGCAUUUGAUGUUUUAAGGGCUAGGGAUAGAGGAAUUGGAUUAUAUAAUGAUGUUCGUCAGGCAUACGGUUUAAAUAGGAAAGAUUCAUGGGAAAGUAUAACUUCAGUUAAGGAAAUACAGGAUUAUCUAAAACAAUUGUAUCCUAAUGGUCCUAAUCAAUUAGAAGCUUCGGUUGGAAUAAAGGUUGAAGAUAAUUUAAUUGAUUCAAACUUUGGCGAACUGAUGAAUACCAGUAUGGUCACCCAAUUUAUGGCUAUUAGAGAUUCAGAUAGAUUUUGGUGGGAGAACGAAGAGAAUGGCUUGUUUACUGAUCAAGAAAGAUCCACUGAGCUUAGAAAUAAAACAACAUUUAGAGAUAUUAUUAUACGUAAUUUAGAUAAUACUUUUCAAGCAGCAAUCCCACAAAAUAUCUGGACAGUUCAACCACCACAGAAAUUGCCUGAUUCACCAUCAAAAUACUCUGGUCAUAUUGAUUUAUGGCCAUCAGCAUAUGUUAUUAGUUAUGAAAUUGUUGAAAAUUAUAUUAAUUUUCAAGUUCAAAUACUAACUACAGGUGGUAAUGCAUGGUUUGGAAUGGGAUUUGAUCCUAAUGAUAAGGGUGGAAUGAUUGGUGCAGAUUUCGUAAUUGGAAUUAUUUCUAAUGGAAAUCUAUCAUCUUUAUCAAAUUAUCAAUCCAAUCCAACUGAUUACAGACCUCCUAUACCUUACGGUGAUGAUUCAGAUUUAAAAUUAAUUAAUUAUACGCCUCCUGAUAGGAAUAAUUUUGCAAUUGUUGAAUUCUCAAGAUUAUUAGUACCUAAUGGGAGAAAAGGGAUUACAAAAGGAUAUACAAAAUAUAUUUUGGCUUAUAACCCUACAAGUUCAAUACUUUCAUAUCAUCAAAAUAAUCGUCGAAGGACAUUGGUUGAUUUUUACAAUAACCAAAUUUCUUCAUCAUCUGUACCUGAAAAUCAAAGAUUAGUGAAAUUAGCUCAUGGUAUUGGAAUGUUAUUAAGUUGGUGUGUUAUAUUUCCUGCUUCUAUUUUUAUUGUAAGAUAUUACAAACAUACAAAUAGUUACAUCAAUAUACAUCGAUUUCUACAAUUGUUUGCUACCAUUUGUAUUUGUGGUUUUGGUGCAGCAGCUAUUGCAACAACAAUUAAUCCAAGCUCAAUCCAUGCAUGGCUUGGAACAUCAGUAUUUGCUUUGUUAUUUAUUGAACUUGGAUCAGGUCUAAUAUCAAUUUGGGGUCAAGUGGCAAUAGUCUCAGUUAACCAGGGAUAUCCUAGACUUCUUAAAAGAAUUCACAGAUUUUUUGGAUUUUCUUUAUUGGCAUCUGCCUGGACAAGUGUGUAUUUUGGAAUUGAUAUAUAUUGUUUACUUUAUGGAUUUGAAUCAUAUUAUUAUAAAAUUGCAUAUCUUAUAUGGAUUGGUAUAGUAAUAGCAACAUUUAUAUUUGGUGAAUAUUGGUGGAAUUGGAAAGGAACUUUUAGAUGGAAGUACACCCUGUCAAAUUUUGAAAAAGAAAAUCAAAAGAAAAAAUCUCUGUUUUUAUUGCAUAUUCCCAAAGAAGAUUAUGAUAAACUACCAGAAUUUACAUGGAAUGAAGUUAAUGAGCGUGUUCAACAUGGUGCAUAUUUAGUAGUUUGUGAUGGGUUUAUUGUUAACAUGAGAAAAUGGAUUAGGGUACAUCCUGGUGGAGCAAAAAUUCUUGAACGUGUCAUAGGAACAGAUAUAACAAAUGAUUUUUUUGGUUAUAAGGGUAAAGAUAUCAUUGAGUUUAUUGAUUUACCAGAAAUAAAAUCUGUUCCAACUAGCUAUUCACCAUCAAUAUUAGGGCAAUACUCUGAUAUUUUACUUGAGAGAACCAAAAAAUACACAACUGGAAAAAAUUCUGUUGCACAAGUUGUUGAUGAUAUGAAUGUCAAAUAUUUCUUAAAGGCUCCUUUGGCUAUACACCCACAUAGUUUGUUUGCAAUUAAGAAAAUAGCAACAAUGAUUGUGGCAAAAUUAAAAGAAACCCCAGCUGUUGAAUCACAACCUGCACCAAUAUUUGGUCCAAUAAAUGUAGCUGAUGGAGGAGGAUUAAUGAGAGGACCAUUUGAUGUUGGAGACAGGAAAAAUUUACAAACAUCAAUGUUAUCCCAGGUUGUUGAUUCAGCAUCGCAACAUAGAAAAUCAAGCUCAUCUGCAAAAACUAUUCCAUCAUUCAUAUCUUCAUCAACAAAGGAUAUAAUUAAUGGUGUAGAACUAGAAGAAUAUCGAUUAAGUAGUAGGGACAUGUUAACUAUAACAUAUGCACUAAAUGAACCACCUCAAGUUUGGUCAGGGAAAAAUGGUAAUAUUGAUAAAGAAAUGAUUUCAGAUUGUUCUCCUACUAGCCCUACCAGUCCUACUAUUCCACAACUAUUUAAAAAUCAUUCAUCACAUGGUGGUUCAUUAACAUCAUCAACUAAUAGAAAUAAGAGGCCAAAUAUUAUAGACUUUACUAAAAAUGACAAUACAGCAAAUACAACAAAUUCACCAGAAUAUUUAACAAUGACACCACCUCCACAAUCAUCAACUCCCCUAUCAAUUAAUAAUUCAAUAAUUGAUACAAGACCAGGUUUAUCAUCUGUAAAUGAUGACAAUUUUAUUAGUAAAGGGUAUAGUAAUAGCAUUAUUACUAUUACUGCCAAUAAUAAGAAAAAACCUAAACUUGAUCCUAACAGUAAAAUAAUGGUUUGUGGACCAACAGAUAUGAUAAAUGUUGUUGAGCAAUCAUUGAAAAAUCUAGGUUAUACUGAGGAAGAUUUUAUAUUAAUAACAUAG